AUGUGUGUGCACUCUGCCCUAUAUGGAAUACCUGCUAUUACAGUGCACCGGCUUUUAUUAUUAUUGUUAUUGUUAUCCUUAUUAUUUUGAGAAACAUGCAUACGCUUAAUGCAUUCUGAAAAGAAUAACAUGUUUUGAAAAUAGCACGUUGUCUUUUCACAUUUUCUUCCCAUUGUAGUGUCCAUAUAAGUACAGUGAUAUCAACAAAAGCACUUUCAAAUUAUGGAGCGGCGAUAGGGAAUUUCGAAAGCGAAAAAAUAUCAGAAAAUAAAGGGAACUGGCGGUUGGAUAAUGACAUGUUGUGAUUCUGCCUUUUCUUUCUUAAUAUUAAUUUUAUUCCUGCUUUCUCUCAUUUUCUCCUUUUUAUUCUUCUUUGAUCAAUGUGGAAAUUCACAUGGGACAGUCUCCUCAUGUCCCCGCAUUAUACAACUAAUUUGAGUUGAAAAAAAACUACACAGUUCUGUUAUUUUUUCAUGGAUUCUCACCAAUCCUUACGUUUCUAUCAUUUGAAUACGGUACGGACUUCCCUGUAUAAGGAAUAAACUUUAAAGAAAAAAAGUACUUUGGGACGAAAUUGAAAUUAGUUUUUAUAAUUCACCUCUUUCCCUUAUCCACUGCUUUUAAUGUGAAAGUGCUAUCAUCUUAGAUUAAUAAAGUCAUUUUUAUAAAGAUAUAGCACAUAGUUUCAUUUUUAAGUAUUUUUGGAAAAUAAAUUUGAUUUCCAUGGAUCAAAUGUCAAAUUAUGAAGUGGUAAGGUGAGGUGAAAUCAUAAACUAACACAUAGCAAGAUAGUCCCAACUAUCUGACUCUGAUGGAAUUGUCAAUAUUUUUCUUUCUAUUUUAAUUCAGGCCGAUGUCAUGCCCUAUUACUAGUAAUUUACAUGCCGUUUUUAUUGCAAUUCAUGAAACUUUUUAUUUCAAUUAAAAGUCACAACCAUUCCUGUAAACAAUGAAAAAAUCUUGGAAAAUUAUGUUCCAAAACAAUGCGAUUUUAGAAAGUGAAUCCACCCCCUUCCCUCUUCCAUAAAUCAGCCUCAGACCACAAAGAGUUGCGACGAAUUUCUGCACACAAAGAUAAUACAGAAAGGCAGAAAAAAAUGAAUUAUAACUUUUAUAUAUCAUCUUUCAUUCACAUCCCGUUUGCCAAGUCCCUGGAAUUUGUUUAGAGCCCCCCCCCCCCACCAGAGUAAUUUCUACAGGCACAAUAAACCAUAGAGUUUAUAUAACUCUAUGCAAUAAACUGAUUGUUGCGCGUGCGCCUCGCUCGGAUUUCCCCCAUAUUAGAGGAUGACGUCAUUAUAAAAGACGGGAAUUCCCCCCACUCAUUCUUCUAAGCGUCACACGCAAAGGGAUGUUUCAGGGGAAACGAAAGUCAGUUAUGGUCAUUGCGGACGUGUCUGUGCAAUCAGGUAGCAAUUAAAAUAUCACUUCACUCUUUUGCAAGGCUGUCAAAUUGUAAAUUGGAAAAGAGAAAGCGGUCUUCAAAGAAUUUUCCCCAACCUUUUCCCUGCAUUAUUUUCAAUCUGUGUUAGUGAAUUAUAUAUCCAGCAGAAUCAGUUCAAUGUAGACAUGUCGGAAACAUUGGCACUGAAUUAUGAAAGACAAUAAAACAUUUUUUUCGUCUCCCCGUUAGCUUCAAGUAUACAUAAUUUUAAAUUCAAGCUCAUGUAACUCAAAACGAUUUCAUAUUUUAGUGAUAGGCCUUCAGUAGCAUGUUGCAUACACUUUAAGACAUACAGUGUGCGAUUAAAGCAGAAUUAGAAAUAAUAUCAUGGAUGCUAUCUGUAAAUACAUUUCAAAACCUAUUCCUUUUAGUAAUGUUUUCAGGCACUUUGUAUUUGGAUGGUAACAUUUGUACUAAAAUAUUUCGAGAAAUAUUAUCAUAUAAGUUUCAUCAAAAUAAUGCAGAAGAAGGAAACUAAAAAUUGUAAGAGAUUUUAGUCAUUGUGAUCAAAAUUAAAUGAUAUUUCUAAAUAUUUUACAAUUUCCCACAUUACAGUCCCACCUUUAAAUUUAAUCGUAUACUUACUAAACAACAUGCAACGAGGAUAUGACCCUUGUGUGUGAUACUCAGCUGACUAUGGACAAACCCGGUCGCAAGUCAUGAGUGGUAGACGGGAAAAUAGGGGAAAAUACCUUGUAAUCAGCUUCAUCGCGGAAAAAAUGCCUGAUGUGACCCAUUGCGGGCAGUUCAUAUCUAGGAUCUAUAGACCUUUUCCAGUUAAAGGUCACAUGAUCAAACCAACAAUAAACCCGUAUAAAUCACAAGGAUGUUUGUAAAUAUUCAUUUACUUGGCAAAGUCAGCACUUGUCCGCCUCUGUAUCAGUCGUAUAUACCGGAUUUCAAAAAUCGUAUUUUGUCUCCUUAUUAUGAGUUUGGGUAUGAGUUGCAACAUUUCGAUAACAACCGUUCUGGUUCUGGUUAUUGUUUUAUCAUUAACGAACCGAUGACAUGUAAAUGUUCAUUAUGGGGUAAUGUUCUAAAACCAGACAAAGGAGAAUAGAAUGAGGUCGGGAGAUUGUCUGCCUUUUCAAUUCUGAAGUUGCAAUGUAUACGGCUUCAACAUCUGAUUUCAGAAUCAUCUUUUUCUGACCAUACUUCGAAGGACCAGUGGACCGUGUGAAAUAAUCCGGACUUUCGUUGACAAACGGAAGACAAGACAAAACUCGUUUAAAAUCGGCAGGGCAAUCCCGUCAACCUGCCAUUUCUGUAUUUUGAAUUGUUCGAUAAGAUUAAUGUGUGUUUCUCCCUGUGAUUUUUUUUCCUGCGAUGCAUGACAAGAGGUGGAAUUGUUUGAUGCAGUGCUUAAUUGUCCAAAGUACUUCCUUCGGUGACAAGUAGGCCUAUUGGUUCAUGAUUGUCAUCGUUUGAUAAUUAAGAUAAGACGAAUGCGUGGGAGUUUGUGGAUCACGUGACUAGAAAAAAAGCAGACGACAUUCGAGUUGUAGUCCGCGAGGGAUCGAGUCAGCAAGUCAGUCAAUGAGCUCUCGCAAGACGAUAAUUUCGACGUACAAACUGGGGCUCCUAAACAUCAGAUCACAUCUGCAUUUCGACUGGGACAAUGAAUUCUCUUCUGCUUGCCGUGAAGGCCAACGAUGUCAGCGAAAUCCAGCGUCUCUUGACAUUCUCUCCUAUUUGUCGUAAACUUGUCAACUACCAAGCACCGCAGAACCAUGAAACACCAAUUUUCGUCGCCAGCGUACGGGGCUACACCGGCGUGGUACAUUGGCUGCUCAACAGAGGGGCUCGGGUCGAUGUAACAACAAGCUGGGGUGCGACUGCCCUUCAUGCUGCAGCCGAAAGGGGUCACGAUUCAAUUGUCAAGCUUCUUGUUGAGCAGAAAGCACCCCUCCACAUCCAGACACAGUAUGGAGACACUGCCCUCCAUCUUGCAGCCUAUAGGGGCCAUCAUAGGGUCAUCUUACUCCUCCUCGCUGCGGGAAUAGACACCACGAUCACCAAUUCAAAGGGUAGGACAGCCGUGGACGAAGCCGAGCUCGCUGGUCAUCACAUCAUCUCAAAGCGGCUGAGAUGCGAGAGACCCUCGCGAUCAGGUGAAAAUCUGGAGGGAGAUAGGUACCCAACUGCGUUUGGAUCUUCGAGAACAGAACUACUAAAAAAUAAACCAGCACCGCAAAAGACAAACGUGACGGCGUGGGUAGACAACAUUCCUGGCGAAUUUUUACCGUGUAACCCUCCUUGUGAUAUCGGGUUACCUGACGAGAAAUAUCCUGGUCAACUGGACACCCAAGCCCGCACGAAGAAAUGGGUUCUAGACGCUUCGGCUGAACCAAUGAAAACAUCAUCAAACGUCCAAGGUUUACAGACGAAGGUUGAGUUUCCCUGCGACGAGGAGACCGUGUUCACUCGUCCUACCCCAGUGACGUCAUCUAAUACCGGUUCCAAGGUGAAACCGAUGAACUUCUCAAGGCGCAAGGCAGCCAUGCUAAAAGACCUCGGAAAGAGCCAUUCAUGUGAAGGAAUCUGUAUGGAGACAAAGAUUCCUCGUGAAAUGCUGCUACCAGAUAUUGACGAUGUCACGACAAGACCGCAUGCACGAUGUCGACGCGUCAACAGUCUAGAACGCGCCGUGGAGGAGCUCCAGGACGAGCUCAGAACGACACGUGAUGAGAUGGAGCGCGCCAAAGCCGACAUCAUUGACAUCCAAGACAUGAUGAGGCUAUGCUGGGCACGGGGUGGUGCUGGAGCGGUAAUCAGCGAUCGCGCUGCAGCCUUAGAAGCAUCAAGGAUAGGUCAACGAUUUGUCAUAAGCCCUCUGCCUAGUGACGUUAUUGAUCCAUUUUCGUCAAGAAGGCAUUCGAAUCCAUUUCAAAUAGACCAAAGCAAAGAAGUUUCUCAAAGUGAUGCCGAGUGCAUGUCUGAAUAAGAUCCCAAUUAAACACUCUUAAUUGGGCAACAUACUUUCCACAAAACAAUUGGGUUAAAAAUAAAAUUUAUCCAACUCUGGGUUGUUUUCAAUCAAUACUGUGUACAUGGUGUAAUUUGUAAAAAAAACUCCUAAUUAAGAUCACAUGCUCGAUCUUUAAUGAAAAUCAUAAGUCAGAAAAAUUGGAACCAGUUGGAUUCGAACCUGCCAUCUACUGCUUUCCGGGCAG